GAUUCAUCUAGAUGCCACGUGCGCGCGACGGAGGGGAUCAUAACCUCGGUGGAAUAUGGAGAAGGAACUCCUUAAGGCACUCGUCGGCUUCUUCUCGGCGCUCGAGAGGACCGAGGGGAAGUGGGCGGAGCGCUGUCAGGGGGUGCAGGCCAAUCUCGAGGGGUUGAAGAAUUUCUCGGAGCAGAGGGAGCAUGUCUUCAGGGACGUCGAUGAUGCAGAGAUCUGCGGGAUUGGAAAUGUGCGGGAGAGACUGGGGUUUAAAAUUGAGGUGAGGAUGGAGGAGGAGAUUUCGGGGGUCAGGGAGACCGUUCAGCACCUCGGGGAGUUGAAUCAGGAACUGAAGAAUAAAUUAGUUCAACUGGAGAAAGUGAGGAGUAAGGCUUUCGUUGACGAUCCUAAGAUGAAGGAGAUCGUGGAGGGAACUCCGCACAGACCUCGCUUGAACCUUCUCCUAGAAUGGGCCAUUGAUGCUCAGGAUUAUUACCAACAGCGAUACCACGAAAUUAAUGAGAGCUUCAAAGCUGUGGACAAGACGAAACGAGAAACGAUUCUAGAAUUAAUUGAGACGUUUGGAAGAAAAGGAGACAGAGCUCUACUGAAUCGAAUAUUGGGCUUCACGCAGUACCUAGCGAGGGAAAAGAUCCGAUGAAAUUUCCGAAUGUAUCUCAAUAAAUUUAUGUUUUCC